AUGGCUACGACAAAGACUUUUAAAUUCGGACCAAGAGAGACCCCAGGACUCAUACAUGCAGACACAGUUACUGAAGAGAGCUCUCGCACAUUGGAAGAGCUCUUGGAACAGAACCAUUCAUUUCACCAUAUUUUCACCACCACAGAAGACCACAAAGGGGUUUAUUUUCAUAAUCAUAUCGCCCAUCACGACAUUACAAUCUGGGCUCUUGGUGCAACACCUGCCACUCUGCGUUCUCAACAUGAGCGCAAUGGACUCUACCAGCGUGGGCCGAUGGCAAUUCAGGAGCCCUUGGUCAAAGAUAUGGCAGAUGAUCGAGUCUUCAAAAGGUGUUUAGGCCGCGAGGAAAACUUUUUGAACUUCUGCGGAUUCUUUGAAGAUUACAUCGACACAUACGGCUACCAAGCAUUGUUCCAAAAGUAUCUGGUGGGAGGGAGUGAAAUUGCGGAUGAUAUGCUUUGUUGUAUCUAUAUGGGAUAUGUUCAUGGGAUCAUUCAUAUCGGCAUGGCCCUUGAAUUUGACCAGCCGAGACUCCUCGCAGAAGGCUUUGCACAGGCAGCUGUUCAUCACGACUGGUGGUACACAUUAUAUCUACAGUCGGCUGAGGCCCUAGCUGCCAAAGCCGAGGAGCCUGCUGUUCCACUUAGUGAUUGUGUCGACCUAUGUCGAGCAGACGAGAAGAUUCGCACUUGUUCUAGUGCAGAUUAUCAUACUCAAACUCGCCCUAUAACAGGAGAAAUGUGCCUUGACCGCGAGCCUGCCAGAGAUGGCGUAAUGGUAAAGGCUAAAGAUGAGAUUAUUCGAAUCGCAGCUCGAUAUCGCGUCGAUCCUAAUGAUCUUGAACGUGCAACAGCUGAGCUGCAAAACACUGCUGUCUACCUUACUGCCGGUGCCCAACGACCUCCAUAUGUUUGUGCAUUCGACUUUUUUCUCUUGCACAGCGUAACGUCGAGCAUUGGUCAUACCAUGUUCUUGAACGAGCCGUCUCUUACUAGGGCCCAAAAGGCUCGUUUGCUUGAAUAUACCGGCCGUGUAUACCUCAUGUCAUAUGCUGGACAGGGGUGUCCUGAGCUAAGGUUGGACUGGUUGGUGUCCCACCUGCCAAAAUUUCCCAAUCAGGGCUGGGCAGAAGUCUUCGAUCGGGCAACUUAUCAUGAGGACGAUGGCCACAUGUCCAAGCUCAUCAGAUGUAUGGCUCACACGCAGCAAACAUCGAAGCCUUAUGACCAUCUUCCCGAGUUUCGAUUCAAGCAAGACAUGUUCCUAAUCGCAGGAAUUGCGGCUAUCGACUCGGGAUCUGCCCAGCCAAUGGAGGGCACUAAGCAUUAUGACUUUAUUCGAGGAGCUGGCUUCGAAGAAGCGUGGAAAAGAUUCCCAAUUCGGUCUACUGUUAGCUCUGCGGCAUAA